ACUAUGUUAUACGUAGAGAACUGCGUUUCUGUUGUCGAGAAACAGCAGAUGAAUUUGGCUGCUAGCCAGUGAAUUAUUGAACGAAAAACGUUUGAAUGUUGAUUCAUUUAAAGGCACAAUGCCAUGGAUUGCUGUUCCUCUAACAGAGAUGGAAGUCCUAGGACUGAAAAAGAACUUCCAAACAUCUCUAGUCCAGAGAUGUUUGACAGUGACAUCGAAGAUGAUAAAAAGAAUGAUGAAACAUUAACGAAUGAAGUACCGGUAAUAGUUAGUCCACAGAAACCUACUCAGGCUGAUUUGAUUGCUAGAUCCGAUAAUAAUUUGCUAGUUAAGAUUAAUAAAUAUUUAAGUGGUGUACCUCCACCACCUAAACUUACAAUAUGUAGAACUGAUUGUUCAGAAUUUCUUGUGCGUAUUUAUGAGAACAAGCAUCUAUUUUGGACACCAGGUGUAUUACCACCUGAACAAUUGCAGGAACACAUAAAUAAAGAAUUUCUGGAAAAGCACAAAGAAAAUAUCAGUAUAAUUAAUCCUUAUCAAUGCAACAAAAGCACGCUUAGAAAUUUAAGUACUGCUUUUGAUGCUUGUGAUCCACAAUAUCAAAGUAACAUUAAUAAUAGUGUAUCUAUGAUAGAUUUAAAAUCUAAUGUUUCAAGUGAUAAUUGUACAUUAAGACAAGUAGUUCCUAAUAAUGAGAGCAGUGUAUUUAAUACUGAAAGAAAUGUAAGAAAAUCUAAUUCUGAACAUGUACAGGCAACUACAAAUGAAAAUGAAACCAAAAUAUCUCUUGCUUCUGAAGAAAAGCAAUCACUUUUGUAUUGUACCAUUAAUGAAAAGGAAGCUUCUGCUUUGUCAUGGCCAGAAGCAUACCACCACAAAUUUCAUGGUAUACAUUACAACAGAAACAAAGCAAUAGAAGAAUUUGAAAAUCUUGUACCAAAACUAUGCGAAAGAUACAUAGGAGCAGAAACUCAAUCUACUUGUACCGUGUGGUUCUCUAAACAAGCACCAGGAAGUGCCAAAAAACGAAAUCUUUUAGCUAAACGUAAUAACGGCCAAAGUCCAGGAAAGAGAUUAAAUCAUUUGACAAAAAGACGGAAAACAUUUUCUAGUGCAAAUUUGCAAGGAUUAGCACUUAAUAAUAAGAAGCUACUAGUGUUAAAUAUUAAAAAACCUACAAUUAAGAAAGGUAAAAGCCCGAGAGGAAAAAGUCCACGUGGUAAAAGUCCACGAGGUAAAAGUCCGAGGGGAACUCCGAAGAGUUCAACAAAGAAAAGAGUAGCCCGAAGACUUGUUCUAGAUGGACCUAGUCCAGUAAAGGCGAAGAUAGAAACUUCAAAACGUGCUCUUUUUCAAAGCCCUCCUCCUGACCGCGCUGGGCCAAGCAAGACGAUUAUAACCGGGCCAAAUUCUCAAAAUAUUAAACGUGCAUUAUUUACACAGAAUACAAAGGACCACGAUUUCGAUGUUGUUCAGAAAAAAGCUGAAGAAUCCAGAAAAAGAAAAAACGAGGAAGAAUUAGAAGGACCGCGAUUCAAGUGGCCGAAAAGUUUAUCUUUUGAUUGCUCUCACGAAUUGCAUAAUGGCACGACACCUUCGUGGGAGAGAUAUUCAUCGAGUAAUAUAAUAGAAAAAAAUAAAGCAUCUGUGACUGAAGGAAGAAACGAACUUAGCGACAUACAUAGAAAGAAAUUAUUAUGGGCAGUAGCAGAGGCUUUACGGAGCGAAGGUAUAGGAAUGACUCAUCCACAGUUCAAGCAGUAUGCCACGAACUUGGCGCGAACUAUCAAAAAACUUAUGCCUGAAUUGGAGAAUAAGAAUAUUCCUCGUAAAGUUGGGAGUACAAGUGAUCGUAUGUUGAAAUUAGCGAAACACCAUGUUUUGUCUGUGAUCGAUGCUAGACCAACAGAUUGACAAUACUCAUUAGUACAGAAAAACUGUUGACUGGACUUUAUGGGAAGUUUGUUAUUUAUCACUAUAAAUAUCAGUUGUUAUUUGUAUGACAGGGUGGAAUAUGUAUAAACAGUGGAUUUUAUUUAACUGAAUUUAGUGAGACAUUUUGAAAAUGUAUUAUAAGAAAUCGCGUGAAGCAUUAACGCGUGGUGUGUGAAUGUUGAAACACGUUUUUACUGUUUAAACACAAAAUGAAAAGGUUGUUUUUAAUAUACUUAUUUUUUUAUUAGCGGUAAAAUAGUAUAUAUAUAUAUAUAUUUCACAACUUAUAAAUAAUUAAUAAAAGGUGCUUCUCUGAAACAAAACAUAACUUUGCAAUUAAUAAUUUUAGAAACAACGCGUUGUAUACAUGUAUAUCAAUCGUACCUAGCAUACAGUUGUAUCUAAAAUGUUAAGGGCCGAGUAAAAAAAUAAAGACUAAUCGUGUUGCACUCGCGAUACUCGUUUA